GGCAUCCCCGCCAUUAAAGUCAAACCAACAUGGCGUCCGUCAUCGGAUCCGAAGUGGAGAUUCAAGAAGUGGAAGUGGAAUCCAUACCGGUUGAAAUGCCGAUAGAGACAGUUGAAACUACAGAUGAGACUGUCGAAGUCCAACCCAUGAUAGCCCUUCAACCACUCCCAGAAGAAGAGAUUGUUGUACAGACAAGAGAAGAAGUAGUAGGGGAUCCAAACCUCGUGUAUGCGGAUUCUAUACCUGUGCCUGCUCCUGAAAUUGAAAUAAGCACUGAAGAUACACAGACAUUAAGAAAAGGUAGAGGUGGAAAGAAGAAAGGAACUAAAAAUCGUGGAUUAUUAAGCGGUUUAGGAACGGAGUUAACUCUCGACUCUCCGUCGUCGGCGAAAAAAUGGGAACAGAAACAAGUGCAAAUAAAGACACUGGAAGGGGAAUUUUCUGUUACCAUGUGGGCAACAGGCUCAGAUGACAAAAUCAAAUUAGAAGAAGAUGCCUCGGUUUCAGAAACAGAUGCUGACUUCACAGAAUACAUGACUGGAAAGAAAUUGCCACCAGGUGGCAUUCCAGGACUUGACCUCAGUGACCCUAAACAGCUGGCUGAAUUUGCAAGUCUCCAGCACAGGGACACGGCUCUGCUGCAGCACUCAAGAAUCAAGCCCAGGAAGCCAGCAGAUGAUGUACCACGAACAGUGCCCUGUCCACAUAAGGGUUGCAGUAAGAUGUUCCGAGACAACUCAGCCAUGAGAAAACAUCUUCAUACUCAUGGUCCACGAGUACAUGUAUGUGCCGAGUGUGGCAAAGCAUUUGUGGAAAGUUCCAAAUUGAAACGACAUCAGCUGGUUCACACAGGAGAGAAACCCUUCCAGUGUACUUUUGAGGGAUGUGGAAAGAGAUUUUCCUUGGAUUUCAACCUGCGCACUCAUGUCAGGAUUCACACUGGUGAUCGUCCUUAUGUCUGUCCGUUUGAUGGCUGUAACAAAAAGUUUGCGCAGUCCACUAAUCUAAAGUCUCACAUACUGACUCAUGCAAAGGCAAACAAUGUGAUAUCAGUACAGCUAGGAAGUGACAGCAACAGUAGUGUAGACCUAAAUCAAGCAACAGCCUACCAACUACCCUCUUCACAAGAGACGAUGUUGAUAGGCUAUACGUAUGAGGAACAGUGAUAUUAAGUGAUGGCAUGUUUCACAUCUUUAUCAAGUAAACAUUGGAACUGUUGUCCAAAACCGGGAAUCAGUGAUGGAGUUGUGGGUCCAGACUGAUGACCUACACACAAGGUCAUCCUUGUCCAAACAAUGACCUUGGACUUCGUGCUGUGUACAGUGAUAGUCGCCCUGACCAUAGACUUCAUAUUUCCAUGUCCUCAUUAUUUAUUUCAUUCACCUGUGGAGUGGUUUUAUAGAAUAAGUGCUUUUCUGACAUUGCUCAAGUGAGCUUUUCUGAUCGCCUGUUCUCCGUCGUCUGUCUGUCCGUCUGUAAACUUUUCACGUUUUCUACUUCUUCUCCAGAACCACUGGGCCAAUUUCAUCCAAACUUGGCCAAAAGCAUCUUUGGGUGAGGCUUUCAAGUUUGUUCAAAUGAAGGGCCCUGUCCCCUUCAAAGGGGAGAUAAUUACAAAAAUAGAGUGUGGUCAUUUAAAAAUCUUCUCAAAAACCACUGAGCCAGAAGAGCUGAAAGCUUCCUGACAUAGUGCAAAUUCAAGUUUGUUAAAUUCAUGACCCCCAGGGAUAGGAUGGGGCUACAAUAGGGGAUCAGUUUUUUUACAUACAAAUAUAAUGGGGAAAUCUUUUAAAAUCUUCUUCUCAAGAACCACUGGGCCAGGAAAGUACAAAUUUACAUGAAUACAUUUACUACGAUAUAUAUUGACAAUAUUAAGUACAAUAUUUGUUUUUCAAGUUUCAGUUCAUUUUUCAUAAAAAAUACAGGCCAAUUUUGACCUUCCGUGGCUCUAGCUCUUUACAUGAAAGCUUUCUGACAUAGUGCAGAUUCAAAUUUGUUAAAAUCAUGGCCCCGGGGGUAGGUGGGGCCCACAGUAGGGGAUCAAAGUUUUACAUACAAAUAUAUAGAGAAAAUCUUCUCAAGAGCCAUUGGACCCAAGAAGUUUACAUGCGAAUAUAUAGGGAAAAUCUUUAGAUAUGGGCCAAGGUGAGCGAUGUGGCCCAUGGGCCUCUUGAUAAUGUAAAAGCCAGUCGUCAUGGUGUCAUUUAUUGUUUACAUUUUGUCUCCAAAGAUAUGUUAAGAUAUGUAAUUUUGUCAUUGUAUGCAAAAUACUUCACCUUGCACAGACUAGCUGUCCACUCUUACAGCAAAAUAUUAAUGAUGAAAUGAAGGCCAAAAAAAUUAACAAAUGGUUUCUCAGGCCAAAAAGAACUACGAACAAUAGUAUUGUUUCACCGCCUUCCUUCUGGUCAAUUUUUAAAAGGUAUCAUUUCUAAAUGAUUUUCUAUGUAAAUAUAGAUAUUUAUAUGAAUUUUCAUAAAAGAUGAUUUAUUUGGCAUGUUUACAGACCAAAACGCAGCUAAACUGUUCAUUCUAUAAUCAAUUGCAAAUGAGGAUAGGGUGUGAGAAAUGAAGAUAAACCAUUUUUUACUCAAUAAUAUGAAGUAAUUUGACAAAUUAAAUGGUUAUUUAUUGCUAUCAAUAAAAUUGUGAAAUAUAUGACAUUUUAAAGCCCGGUUUCAAGGAACUUAUUUUUAGGUCACCUGAGUUUACUAAGUCAUCCGGCAUCUGUUACAACUUCUUCCCAGAAACUACUGGGACAAUCUUGACCAAAUUUGGUAUGUAGCAUCUGUAGGUGAAGGAGACUGGAAAUUGUAAAUUUCAUGACACCACCCCCACCCCCCUUAAGGGACUUAAUUUUGGGGUAAAAACUAAAAUUGAUGCAUUUCUUUAAAAAUCUACCAGAAAAAGUGAGUAUAUAGUAUUAAUGAUGAGCAAGAAAGCUUUUACCAAAAUUGCAAAUUUCAUGAUCCUCGGGGUAGGGUUUUGACCCCAGGGUGGGAAUAAACUUGCUAUACAGUGGUUAUGUGCAAAAUACUUAAAUAACAUCUCCUUUAGUGCUAUUGAUACUAGAUUGAAAUUAAAUGGAUAUUUAGAAAGAGAGGUAGUCCUUUACAAUGAUUGUAAAUUUGAUAAUCUUUGGGGUAGGUGUUAUGGUAUUGGGGUGGAGCCAAAAUGAUCGGUUAUUGAAUGUGUGAACUAUAGACAUUUUUGAUUUCUUGAUAACUAUCAUUCCAAUUCUUUUUCAAAAUUAGUAUGAAACAUCUUUGGAACAAGAGGGACAUAAAUUGUAUAUUUCAGGACUCCUGCACCCUAGGGGUGAGGCAAAGACUGCCCAAAAUUUACCAAUUUUCAAAAAUCUUCUCUACAACUGCACAUGUUUCAGAAAAACUAAAUGCGUUGUGAUGUAGAGCAGGAAGGCUUCUACCAAAAUUGUUAAUCCCCAGAGUAGGGGUUCUGACCCCAGGGUGGGGCCAGACUUGGUGUAUAGUAUUUAUGUGUAAGUUUACUGAUACUGUAUAAAAUAUAAAUGCAUACUUAGGAAUAGCAGAAAAGGAUGUACCAAAAAAUGGUGAAUUUUACAACCCAGGGUUUUGCCUCUAGGAUAGGUCCAAAUUAGUCAUAUCUUUUGCUGUUUCAAUGUUAAUAUACCUAUUAUAUUAUGUAAAGCCUUUCAUCAGUGUAUGCACUUUUGAGAGCAGUGAAGAUUUAAGAACACAUCUUGUUUUAUACUGUUGCUGAACAUUAGAAUUUAGCUUAGAUGUUCAGAACAGGAAAAAUUUUCAAGAUUUCAUAGCCUUUGGGAGUAGUGAUACUUUUUCACUAGUACUCAGGUGACCGAUAAGGCCUGUGGGUCUCUUGUUCUACCCAUUACUCAAAAGGAGUUGAAAUUAAGAGCAAUUAAUCAAUGAACAUUGGUAUUAAAGUUAAUAAUCAAUUACUAAGGCCAAAAAAAAUUAAUCAAUAGUUUCUCAGGCCAAAAAUUUCAAAACUCAAUGCGGCAGGCAGGUUCUUUCUUUUUUUGAAGCCAAAGUUAUCUUUUUUCCUUGUCAGUCAACAAAAUAAUGAUAUCAACCGAUUCUUACUUUUUUGUAAUCUAAUAUCAAUUAUAAUACUUACUCAACUUAAAAUAGUAUUAUUCCAAUCAUUUUAUAAAAAGUUAAUCCAUAGAAUACUGUUGAACAAAAAAUAUAUUGUAUAUUAAAUAAAAACGUCUUUAGCAUAUAUGAAAAGGGGAAUAACUCAAUUUUCUUUUUCAACUCGGAAAAAUAGAAAAUUGAGUUAUUUCCCUUUUCAAUAUGGCAAUAAAAUUGAUCAAUGCGGCAGUGGCGGUGCCUGAGAAACUAUUGAUUAAUUUUUUUUGGCCUAAUGUAUUUUACUUUGCAUUUUAAAAGAUAUCAUUAGCAAAAUUGCAAAGCUUUUUAAAAUAUAUGAGUUGAAAAUGUAGGCGGGAAUCCAGAGUUAGCAUUUUGAUGAGGCAGGCAGAUAUUUUUUGUUAUUUGGCUGUACUAUGAGUUAUCUUUCUUUUUUAUGUUGACUGUAGAAUGAGUUACCUUUUCUUUCUCAUGUACAUGUUUAUACAGAAUAAGCAAUGAAAUUUUAUUUCUAUCAAAAAUAGCUUCACAUUACUUACUAGUAUAUUUACACUAUCAUUUUAAACACUUGCACAUAAAUGAGUAUGCAUUCAAUAAUUACAUGUAUUUGAUCAAAAAAAUACCUAUGAUUUUGUUAAAAACUUAGAAAAGUUUGACAUGAAUAUCUAUAACAGAAGAGUUACCUCAUGAAUAAAGAAAUAUAAAUUGAAGAAGAAAAAAAUUCCAUGCAGUACCUUUUCAACGGAUGCGGUGGAGCCUGAGAAACUCUCGAUUAUUAUUUUUUUUGGCUAAUAGAGUUAUCUAUAUCUGUCAGUUAUUCUGAUAUUGCCUGUGUCAUGGAUUUUGGAAUUUUAUUGAGAUGUCAAGUUCCUGAAUGUUUGUAUUAUAACAUUUUCACUCUUGCAAUAUUAAGAACAAUUUCCAGCUGUUUUUGCUUCAGGUUUUAGCUCAAGUGAGCUAUUCUGAUCGCCUGUUGUCCGUGGUCUGUCUGUAAACUUUUCACAAUUUCAACCAAACUUGAUCAAAAGCAUCCUUGGGUGAAGGGCUUUCGAGUUUGUUCAAAUGAAGGGUCAUGUCCCCUUCAAAGGGGAGAUAAUCACAAAAAUAGGGUGGGGUCAUUUUAAAAUCUUAAAAACCACUGAGCCAGAAAAGCUGAAAUUUACAUGAAAGUUUCCUGACAUAGUGCAAAGUCAAGUUUGUUAAAAUCAUGACCCCGGGGGUAGGAUGGGACCACAAUAGGGGAUCAAAGUUUUACAUACAAAUAUAUAGUGAAAAUCUUUAAAAAUAGUUUGUUAAAAUCAUGACCCCUGGGGGUAGGAUGGAGCCACAAUAGGGGGAUAUUACAAUAGAGGUUUUGCAUGCAAAUAUAUAGGUAACAUUUUCAAGUUUGUUAAAAUCAUGAGCCUCGGUGAUAGGAUGGGGCAGCAAUAGGGGUUAGAGAAAAUGUUUUAAAAUCUUCUCAAGAACCAUUGGACCAAAGAAGUUUAAUUUACAUGAAAGCUUCCUGACAUAAUGCAGAUUCAAGUUUGUGAAAAUCAUGUGGUAGGUUGGGCCUCAAUAGGGAUCAAAGUUUUGCAUGCGAAUAUAUAGGGAAAAUCUUUAAAUAUGGACCAAGGUGACUCAGGUGAGCUAUGUGGUCCAUGGGCCUCUUGUUUCAUUCAUAUCGAAUCAUAUUGACUUGUAACAUGUACCUCUUUAUCACCUUGGGCUGGGACAAUUUACCAGAACAUUGAUGCAUCAAUAUAUCCCACUUAAUGAUCUGUAGAUCGAUACAUGUUUCCAUAAAGCAUUUUCCCAAAAUGCAUGCAGUUUAGUAUUAAAAAGGAUUAGACUGUUUGAAUUGAGUGUUAAUUUGGCUUGAGCGACACAUAUUUUUUAUCAUUCUCUUUACUUAGUCAACUGGAACAUAAUUUUUCUGGCCAUGUCUUUCACAAUGUGAGGUCUAGGGCUAUCAAAUCUGAUCAAACAUUUUGAAUUGGUCAUUGUGGCCUCCUGGAAUUUUAUGGCUGUACAGUCUGAAAUUGUGUCUGGAUCAUAUUUUGCACACUGGGGCCUAGCACCAUCACACUUGGUCAGUCAUGCAUCUUGUGGGGAAGGUGUGUUGCAACCCCAAAAUAGGUCACUGGUCUCAUUUUGGAAUUUUAUGGUUUACAUAGUCAAAAUGUGUCUGCAUACACUUCAAGGCCUAGUGUUAAAUCUGGUCUAUUGAUGGAUCUUAGAGUAGGAUGAUAUAGGUAUGCAUUAUGUACAUCUAGAUGGGUGCAUCAUGUUUCCCAGCGGUGCAAUCACUUAAAAAAGAACAACUUGAAACGAUUAAGAACACACAAAAGUAAAAAUCUGGAUAGGUAUUUUAACAUUGUUAGAAGAACCCAAUUGUAUCUGUGUCUGCAAAAAUAAGUUUUAAACACUUAAAAAGAUUCCUUGCAUUUCAUUUAAUAUGAAAUACUUCUUUCUUUCUUUUUCUUUUUUUUAAUGCAUUUAAUUGAGAUGCAUGUGAUGGUGUCCUAACUCAAUCGCCACCCUCCUCUAUCCCAGUCAUUGCCAGCCUUGUAUUACCAGAAAAAGGUGAUAUAAUAAUGCUAUUCAUGUAAGUUAAAGAUGCAAUUGUUUAUAUUUUGCAUGAAAAUAAUUUACCACAUAUUGACCAGUUGUACUCAAUUUUAAUCCCACUUUAUUUUAGUAAAUUGACCAGUAGUAUUAAUUUUUAAACAACUUUAUUUGAAUGAAUUAUAGUAGCAAAAUUUGAUCACAGAAAUCCUCUCCAUUUUCUGUUUUUAUUCUUAUUCAUCUGAAACAUUUGGUGCAAUUUCUACAAUGAACAGCAACACAAUGAGAAGCAAUAAGUUGUGGAUUUCUCAUGGAAAUAAAAGUUACAACACUGG